UCAUGAUCAUUCUAUCAUAUGCUCAAAAUUUUCAGCAAAUUUUCUUAGUAGUAGGGGGAAAAUGGCUUUGAGCCAAUUUUUUCAAUCUGCAUGCACUAUAGUUUUAGGACAUGGGAACAAUUCAAGUCAAGAAAAAAUACAUAAAAUUGAUCAGCAGAAAAAGAUGAACAAUUUUCAGAUGCCACUUCAUUAUCCAAGGUACAAGAAGGUAGAUUAUGAGAAGAUGGAAGAAUGGAGGUUGGAUAUUCUUCUCAAGCAAUAUGGAUUCUUGAAUUUUAAUGGGACUAUGGAGGAGAAAAGAAAGUUUGCAAUAGGUGCAUUUUUAUGGCCUGAUCAACUUUGAAUAUCAAUUUGCAUUUUGAAAAAAUUACUAUCUUAUGUACUGUCUCUUCCUCCUUUUUGUGAAAUUGCAAUUAAAUAAAUCGAAAAACGUACCUCAACUACUAGGAAGGUUUGGAUAUCAAUUUGCAAUGCUUCAAAGAGCCACUGUUUGUAAUGACUUUAUAUAUUCUAGUGUUUAAUAUUAGCAUCUAUUAUA